UAAAAGUGGCCUUGAUGGUGGUUGCAGUGACCGAUAACGAUAUCUGAGUACGCGUUUUUAGCCAUCCUGCCGGCGCUACAGUGCGGCGUUAUCGUUAAGUGUUCUUUGACAAGUAAUCCAAUGUGAACAUUUUAAUUACAAUUUACUGAGUUUGAGAUCCGAGCCGAUGACCUACUUAUUAGUAGCUGUCAAUUAAACUCCAGAGCACUUUAAACCAACAAAUGGUCGAGAUUUGUGGGCUGUACGGUGGACAUAGUUUAAAAUUUAAAUGUCUAUCCACUUCAAGCUUCAUUAUGCACCCACGUUACCUUUCUCUAGGUGCUCAAUUUAUUGAGAUACACCCCAGACCUUUGGGGGUAUGGGGUGGAAAACAGGCCUAAAUCCAGAUGUUGGGGUGGGGCAGUGUGAGGAAACUAGUUGCAUAUGAGGUCAAGUUUAAAGGUCCCCUUCCAUCCCCCAAAAAAUAAAUUCUACUCUUUGGCCGGCAAGCCAUCAUAUACAGUAUAUGUAAGCAUGCGUAUCUUAUGGUUUACAACAAUACAAUACAGCUGGAUUAAAUAACGAAGCUUGCCGUGAUUGAGAGAUGAACACAGCAGGCCGGUGUAGUCAUAGUGAUUGGGACCCGUCCAUCAAAAUAUCCUCUCUUAAAGUUACAAUUACCCUUUGUGGUUGUGAAUAUAAGGCAAACAGUGGAACCUUUGGUGACUUCACAGUGAUAGUAAGACCCCACAUCGAACGAUCAAAGCACUGGGUUGCUUUGAAUGAUUAUUUUUCUCUCUUUCUCUCUCUCUCUCUCUCUGGGGAGGUCUAAAAUAGCAAAAAUAGUCCAUGUAUUUUCUGGUAAAGAGAACAAUUCAAGAGGCUAUAAAAUAUAACAAGUUCUCCAGGUCCUCAAUGUGCAAAGGAGUCCAAGAAACUACAUGUCCAUCAAUCAAACCACCGCACCACAAUUGUUGUGAAAUUGGACAAGAGUAAAUUUGGAUUAUUUUACCAGUGGGCCUUUGCUCAGAAGUCGGGCAUCAGUAAGAAAGCUUCGUGUGUUUGUUCCUCACCAGCGAGUCCUUAUGUUUGACAGAAGCUGCAGCCCGUCGUGUCUUACAGAAUGGGUUGUGUGGGCUUAGAGAGAUUUGAAAUCCAACAUCAUAACUCUGUGACCUGCUGUGGUGUUCAAACCUUUUCCAAAAGAACGCUUCCCGUCACCCUUCUCCAAUCUGUGCACUAUGUGUAUGAAGACGGACAUUAAGCAAAAAGGAAAGGAAAUUUGAAACUUUUUGGUUUUUUUCACUUUAGGUCCCUGGUACUGCUAAAAAAAAAAAAAAAAAAAAAGUCGUCAUGGAAGUCUCCUUAUUUUAGUUUUUCACUUCUAAUCUUCCUGUACUCUUUGUGUGGGAUGUCGGAAAAGCCUGAUGACAAAAUGGUGAAGUUCCUGGCUCCCCCUCCAAAGAGUGGAAACGGUCCCAGCUCUGGGUCAGACUCAAUGGUAAAUGAAUCCCGUCCGACCGAGGUGAGGCGGCGGCAUCACACCAUGGAGCGUGACCGCUGCAACCCGGAGCACCGCUUCUUGCGCCGCAGUGUCAUCAGCGACUCCAAUGCCACGGCGUUGGCCCUCCCGUUGCCCAGCAGGAUCCCUAUACCCGCCACUCAGCGGAACCAACCGCGAGAAGCCCCGGCGCAGCGGCAGCAGGCCGCCGUCGUUCGCGCCCCGCAGGUUGAACAAAGCCUGCCUCGUAAAGAGGAGGCUGCUGAGUGUCUGGAAAGCGGACAGCGAAAGGACCUGGAAAUCGUCAAGGUGAACGUCGUGCCUACGCAUCAGGCGUCUGCCAUCAUACAAGAUGUCUGUGACACAGAGUUGGCGGUGGAGACCCAAAUGUCGCCAGACUUGAGUCAAAGCGAGCUGGACAACUCAGCCGACGCAAAGGUAGCGCACGAAGGGGAAGGGGAAGGGGAGGAAGAGGACAAAGACGCCGCCAAAGCUCGCGCCGAGGCGGAGCAGAGGGAAGCGGAGAAGAAAGUGCAGGAGGACAUCGAAGAGGCCGAGACGAAAGCAGUGGGAACAUCGCCGGAUGGACGGUUCCUCAAGUUCGACAUUGAAAUUGGACGUGGCUCGUUCAAGACGGUCUACAAGGGCUUGGAUACCGAAACCACGGUGGAGGUGGCUUGGUGUGAGUUGCAGGACCGUAAACUGUCAAAGACGGAGAGGCAGCGCUUUAAGGAGGAAGCGGGGAUGUUAAAGGGAUUGCAACAUCCCAACAUUGUCCGCUUUUACGACUCCUGGGAGGGACCCUGUAAGGGCAAGAAGUGCAUUGUUCUGGUGACCGAACUCAUGACUUCUGGAACACUCAAAACGUAUCUGAAGAGGUUCAAGGUGAUGAAGAUUAAAGUGCUGCGAAGCUGGUGUCGACAAAUCCUCAAGGGGCUCCAUUUCCUCCAUACCCGUGCACCUCCCAUCAUCCACCGGGACCUGAAAUGCGACAACAUUUUCAUCACUGGCCCAACGGGAUCUGUUAAGAUUGGAGACCUUGGACUGGCCACACUGAAGCGUGCAUCCUUUGCCAAGAGUGUUAUAGGUACUCCUGAGUUCAUGGCGCCUGAGAUGUAUGAGGAGAAGUACGACGAGUCAGUGGAUGUAUAUGCCUUUGGAAUGUGCAUGCUGGAGAUGGCCACCUCAGAGUAUCCUUACUCAGAGUGCCAGAAUGCUGCACAGAUCUACCGCAGAGUGACCAGCGGGGUAAAGCCGGGGAGCUUCGACAAAGUAGCCAUUCCUGAGGUGAAAGAGAUCAUUGAGGGGUGUAUUCGCCAGAACAAGGAUGAGAGGUACUCGAUCAAAGACCUUCUGAACCACGCCUUCUUCCAGGAAGACACAGGUGUGCGUGUGGAGCUGGCUGAAGAGGAUGAUGGAGAGAUGGAAGCGAUCAAAUUGUGGCUGAGAAUUGAGGACAUCAAGAAGUUAAAGGGAAAGUACAAAGACAAUGAAGCGAUCGAGUUUUCCUUCGACCUGACGAAGGACGUCCCGGAUGACGUGGCUCAGGAAAUGGUUGAGUCCGGGUAUGUGUGCGACGGUGACCACAAGACUAUUGCAAAAGCCAUUAAGGACAGAGUUUCUCUUAUCAGUCGUAAGAGAGCACAACGACAGCAGGUGAGAGAAGAUCAGGAGAAGAGAAUAAUUGAAGAAGAACAUCAGGGUCCGAUACAAACAGCUCAGCAACCCAGCCACCCACCCAGCAAAGAGGCGCUUCUGUCCCAGAGUGUGCCACAGGCAACCGCCCAUGUUCCUCCUGUACAAGCCAACCAACACAGCUUACCCAUCCCAACUCAGCCUGUGUCUCAGCAGAGCCUUCCCAGUGCUACCUACAACACUUCACAGCCCACCCAGCCGACGGGCUUGACAAGGGGGGGUUCUUAUGUCCCCCAGUCGACUGGGCAAGUCCCAAUUCAAAGUCAGAGUUUGGCUACCUGUCAUCUGGAGUCCGAGGAGCCUGAGGCUGAUCAGCAUAGUGCUGGAGGUGACAGAGCAUGUGGUUCCUCUGUGCUCACCGAAGCUCAGCCUGCUCAGCCCGGAAUGUCCUACUGCGCCCCUCCCAGUCAACAGCUUCAGCCCCAAGUGCCAUGCCCUCAGACGCAAAAUGACCAAAUGCAACAGCAGCAUGUGUCAAUGGUUCAACCCCAAAUGCCAGGUGUCCAGACAGAUCUUGUCCCCACUCUUCCCACCAGCCAGUCUAUCCCAGUGGCCCCGCAGCAGUAUGGAGUAUACUACCAACCAUCACUUCCCCCUAAGAUUCCCAGCCACCCUCCAUCCUCUCAGUCGUCGGCUCCUCCGGCACAGCAGCCGCCACAGCAGCAACCAGCAGAGAACAACGCAGCCCUUCAAGGCUCCUCCCUCCCGCAGGCACAGGCACAGGCACAGGCUGGAACUCAGCCGCUACAGGCGUCUGCCAGUCAGUCAACACCAGGCGAGCAGUCGGCAGUCCCCGCCUCGCUUGUGCCGCCAUCUGUGGAAAGCUGUUUGUUAGACGCAGCUUCAGGUCUAAGUGAUGGCAAUGAGGGCACCUCAACAUCAGGAGGCCGCCAUGAAGGCCGCUCGCUGAAACGGUACCAACGGCGGUCUGUCCGCAGCCGCUCUCGGCACGACAAGGGUACCAAGGCCAAAUUGAAUGUUCUCAGUAUCUCAAAUGCUGGAGACAGAGUUGCAGAAUGCCAGCUGGAAACGCACAACAGGAAGAUGGUGACCUUCAGAUUUGAUUUGGAUGGUGAUAAUGCGGAGGAGAUUGCACAGAUAAUGGUUGAGAGUGAGUUCAUCUUGGAAAGUGAGCGAGAAUCCUUCAUCGAGCAGGUCCGUGAAGUCAUUGAAAUGGCUGAUGAGAAAGGGGAGGGCAUGAAGGAAGCCUUUCCUCAGAUGAGUGAGCUUCAACAGCAGCCAGAGCUUUCUGUCCCCAUGCUCCCUGGAAUCUCUCCGAGCACUACAGCCCAGGUGGUCCAUUCAGCGGGACGAAGGUUUAUUGUCAGCCCAGUACCAGAAUCCCGUCUGAGAGAACAGUUUUUCGGAGCGUCCUCGGCUAAUACUUCUGUUGGUGAUGAGCCUGGCCCAGGGCCCACUAUGACAUCAGGCCUUUCUCUGUCUGCUCCAUCUGGGAUGCUGCAGCAGGCUUUCAACCAAAUGAGGCAGGAUCAUGCAGAGCGAGGCAGCAGCAUGAUUGAUGCUACAAGUGCUGAUCAGGAAGCUAGCACGGUCCCAUCCAGUGAUGCUGGACUUGUCCCAAACACCCAGAGUGCUCUGGCGCCUCUCGAAGUGGCACCUUCCACCACCAGUUCUAGUUUCCCCCCUAUUGGGCUCGUUACAACUGGAACACCUCAGCCCCUCCCCCCAAGUGGAAGAGUUUCUCCUCCAGCUGUAUCAUCCCACUCCCAAACUCCAGCUCCCGUUCCCACUGAGCCCCUUCCACUGGCUCACACUUCCCAUGAAACAACCCCCUCGCAGAUCGCGCCGGCUGUCAGUGUACCCGCCUCGUCUCCCUCCCUUUCUGCCUCGGCCGUGCAGACCUCCGUCCCUGUUCUCCCAACACCCCAGCUGAGCGCUAACACAGGCACGGUCCCUGCUGUCGAGGCGCAACCUUUUAACAGUGCUGCUACGUCUUCUCAACCCAUGAAUUCAGCGGCACACGCAUCUCAGCCUCUGCCCAGUCAGAACCAACCCCAGACAGCAGAGUGUGAGGGCGCUGAGCUUCAGACCAAAACAGUGGGCAGAGAUGAUAUCCAAGCCCUCGACAAGAAGCUGCGGUCCCUUUUUAAAGACCAGAGUACAAGUUCCUCCAGCACGUCGGUGGAUCCCGGUCAGAAUACCGGGACCGCUUCCCCUCCCGCCGGAACAUCCUCCCCUCCUCCUGGCGCUGCUCUGGUGCCUCCCUCCAACCUUCCUCUCACAUCCGGGGUACAGGGCAUCACUCCACUGUCUACAGGCACCCCAGGUCAGGGGUUAACCCCAGCAGGACACACCCAGACCCCUCCAUCCAAGCCAAGGGCACAGACUUUACCUACUGGUUUUGACCAAGGUGGUACUCUGCCCUCUGACACUUCACCUCCAUUCCCUGGACCAAAUCAGUCCCAGCAACCUUUGGGUAAUUUGGAUGCCCAGCUAAGGAGAGCUCUGAGUCCGGAGACUGUCCAGGGUGGCAACACAGUCCAGCCUCCCGUAGCGGGUUUCACUCUGGGUCGUUUCCAAGUGUCUGUUGCUCCCGACGGUGCAUCAAGUGGAGUUCUAGAUCCUGCCAGCGUUGUCUCCUCUUCCUCUCUCUCGCCCUCCUCCUCCUCGUCGUCCUCCUCCUCCUCCUCGUCAUCCUCUUCUUCCUCAAGCCCCGAAAACACCCUCCACCGUUCAUCCACCCUGCCAGCCACAGUCUGUGAAACGGACCACAACAAUGGAGACUUGUCUCUCCCUGCCAGUUCUGCCAGCCAACCCCCCACAAUAGCAAUCGGACGUUUCCAGGUUUCCACCAGCACCAGCGCCGCAUCAGGACAAAUGGCUCCCUCGAAAGUGGGACGCUUUUCAGUCACAGUGACAUCAACGACAGGUUUGAGUCCAUCACACAGUUCGGGUGUCCAAAACGGGCCCUCCAAGGACCCUCACAAAGCACACACCUUGUACAGCAGUGACAACGAUGACGACUCCGGGACGGAAGACGAAGCCUUGCAGAAAGAAGUUAGUCGUCUGAGAGAGAGACACAUGCUGGAGGUUCAAGCCCUGCAGACCCGUCAGAAAGAGGAAAUCGAGGCGCUCUUUUCCCGGCUGGGAAAAACCGCUCCUCCUUCCGUCCUUUCCCCUGCCGUGGCCAUGGCCGGAGGGCGACGAAGGCUCAAGAGCAAAAGUCACAAAUCUCCCCGCAGCAGCGGGGAGCCCAGCCCCAUAUUCUCCGAAUGUCUGGCGUCAGCUCACGGUGGUCACGACUCCGAGUCUCCCCCGAAACAAAGUACACCGUUGGCUUCAGAGGCUUCCCAAACAGAAGUGGAAAUGCCUUUAAAAGAGCUCAGACCCUCUCCAUCCUUGCCCAGUCUCAGCACUUCCUCCACAGGACCAAGCGGGACCACCUCCACAAACGGCUCGAGCCCCUACCAGAACCACUCGCCUUCCCUGGCACAUGCGAGCGGAGCGUCUACCGCGGUCACUGCCACGAACACCCAGAAGUGCAAGGGCACCUUCACGGAUGACCUGCACCAGCUGGUGGACAACUGGGCCAAGGACAUCAGUCUCUCGCAGGGCAAGAGGGGUCCGAAAACCGGCGUACAGGCAGCUCAGGGACAUGAUGUGAUCCCUCCCGCCAACAUGGGUCGCAAGUUCUCUGCCCCCGGCUACCUCUGCCCGACCCUCCCGGCGCCCGCCAGCGCCGGCACCCCCUCCGCGGCUCACCUCCCCAACCCCGCCAACCCGUCCGUCCCGUUGGGCCCCCGGAAAGGCUCCCUGGGCCCGGGCUUCGGGUACGCCUCGGCCCCGUACAGCGCCCCUCAGUGGGCAGGACCCACGGGCAACUGCCAGGUCGGCAUGCUCAAUCCCGCCCAGUACCAGCCGCCCAUGGCCGCCCCGGUGCCCAUGCACCAAGGGUACCACCUGGGGACUAAUGCGUCAGCCAACCAGAAAUCGGCCAGCCAGAGGGGAUCGAAUUUAAGGCCCACGUAGCCCGGUCCAGCUUCAAGCACACAUGGAACAACGAGCGCCCUCUGUACUUAAUAUAUAUAUAUAUAUAUUUUUUACUUCAACUUUUUUGUUUUGUUUUUGUUUUUUUACGAUUGCUACAUGUCGUCCUCUCGGGCAGAUGGAAGUCUGCCGGGCCCCUUCGGAGGGAGCGUGCAAUACACGAACACACACACACCACACACAGCCAAGCCCGGUAGCUGUGAAAAUGAGCUGUGAUGAGCUGAUUGGUCAGCC